AGGACCAGGAUGGCCCACUGCCGAGACCUCUUGCUCUGCGCUGCCUUGGCCCAGCUGGUGUCCCUGGGGGCCUCCUUCCACUUCGCCCGGGAGAGCACAGAUGACCUCAAAGCUCUGCAGGUCUCCAUUUCCAAGUAUCCGCCCGUACGAGCCGUCCUGUCGGGCAGCCUGACCAUCCCCUGCCACAUCACCUACCUGCGGCCACUGCCCACUGCUGGAACGGCCAGCCGCCACGGGGUUCGGGGCACCCUCCGAGUCAAAUGGACCUUCCAUGCCAAUGGCAAAGAGAUCGAGAUCCUGGUGGCCCGGGGCCUAAAGGUCAAAGUCCGCGAAAUCUACCGCAACCGAGUCUUCCUGCCCUUCUACCCGGACUCGCCCACGGACGCCACCCUGGUCCUGAGUGAGCUGCAGUCCAACGACUCCGGACUGUAUCGCUGUGACGCUCAGCACGGCAUUGAGGAUGGGCAGGAUUUCCUGGAGGUGAAGGUGAAGGGGGUCGUCUUCCACUACCGGGGAGGCUCUUCCCGCUACGCCUACACCUUUCCCCAGGCUCAGGCGGCCUGCGCCCGGAUCGGGGCGGCCAUCGCCACCCCCGAGCAGCUCCACGCCGCCUACCGCAGCGGCUACGAGCAGUGCGACGCCGGCUGGCUCGCGGACCAGACCGUCAGGUACCCUAUCCAUACCCCUCGCGAAGCCUGCUAUGGAGACAUGAACGGCUUUCCGGGAAUCCGCAAUUACGGCAUAGUUGAUCCAGGUGACAUGUACGACGUCUACUGCUACGCUGAAGAACUUUAUGGGGACCUGUUUGUGGAGAGUUCCCCGGGGAAAUUCACCUGGGAGGAGGCCAGAGCGGCCUGUGAAAAACUGGGGUUGGAAAUGGCCACGACGGGCCAGCUGUAUGCAGCCUGGAACCAAGGGCUGGACCACUGCAACCCAGGCUGGCUGGCAGACGGCAGUGUGCGCUACCCAAUCGUGACGCCCCGCGAGAAGUGCGGAGGGAACAUGCCGGGAGUCAAGACCCUCUUCGUCUUCCGCAAUCAGACGGGAUUCCCAGACCCCCAGAGCAAGUUCGACGUGUUCUGCUUCCGAGGGCAGACCAGCCCCUCCCGGGAAUCGCCCCUCCCCCUCCCGGAGGCCGAGAGAAGCAGCCAGGAGAUCUCAACGGUGACCCAGGAGAUGGAGGAGCUGCAGCUGCUGGAGGGAGAGCCGGAGGGGGCCAAGGAGUCCAGGGGGGCCAUUUAUUCUGUGCCCCUCUUCCAGGACCCCCUUGGGGCCCCAGAGGAGCCGAGCGAAGCCUUGGAGGAGGCAGCCACCGCAGAGCCCGUGGAGGCUGGCCCAGGCGGUUGUGACAGGCGGAGCGGAGAAGACGGGGAGGAAGGAGGCGGCAGCUGUGCCAGGCAACAUGGGCCUGAGCGAGAGAUGGUGGAGGCCAGGGCGGAGGAGGUGCCCGGCACCCAGGAGGCCCAGCCCCUGGACCAAAGGCCGGAGAGGGAGGAAGGCGAGCCAGAGAUCGUGGAGGCAGCUCCCCAGGAAGGGGAGGCUGCGGAUGGAGAGGCAGUGGGGAUCCAGCCCAGGGAGGAGAAGGAGACCCACCCUGUCCACGGCCCUGUAGAGCCCUCACCUUCCGAGGCUGCAGCCGGCUUCUCCGACAGCCCAGGGAUCGAAGUCCACGGAGCUCCCUCUGUGCCUCCCUCAGAGGCCGCCCCGGAAAGGAGCCACGGUGCCAGCCCCACUUCCAGUCCACCCACGGAAGCUGGCGCAGGAAUGUCUCCGGCCGGGCGAGUCGAAAGCAGCCCCGUUUCUGGGCCUCCCCGAGAGGCCGGAGCAGAGCCUCCAGGGAUGGCCGCUUUCCCAGGGACCCCCUGGGUCCCCCUGCUGCUCCCAUCCAUGAGCAUGACGCCAGCCGGCUCGUCUGAAGAGAGCGGGGACCACUCGGGCGCCUCCUGGCCCCCACCAGCCGGGGUCUCCGGUCCUCCGGAUGAGGGCGAGGCUGCCUCGGAGGCCUCUGCUGGCUUUGGAGGGGAGCCUGAGCCAACCAAGGAGGAGCUGCGGGCCGAAGCAUCAGAGGAGGAGGAGCAGGAGCCGGCUCUGAGGACAGCGGUGCCAGCGGCGGACGAAGAAGGGCCCCCAGGACCCCAGGAGGCUCUCCCCUCCGGAGGCUCUCUGGGCUUGGACUUCUUCAGCACCCCAUUCCUGGAGGCCUCCUUGACUACUACCCACUCUCGGCCAGUUCCGCCCACUGAAAGGGCCAGCCUGGGAGCAUCUGGCAGCGUGUCAGACGCCUGCAUGCCAAACCCCUGCAGGAACGGAGGGACUUGCACAGAAGAAAGGGGGCGCCCAGGCUGCCUCUGCCUGCCGGGAUACGGAGGGGACGCCUGCAACGUCAGCCUGAGGAAGUGCCAGCCCGGCUGGGAGGCCUUCCAAGGAUUCUGCUACAAGCACUUUUCCGCCCGGAGGAGCUGGGAGGAUGCCGAGACGCGAUGCAGGGAGCACGGGGGGCACUUGGCCAACAUCCUGUCUCCGGAGGAGCAGAGCUUCCUCAGCAGUCAGUACAAAGAAUACCAGUGGAUUGGCCUGAAUGACCGCACGAUAGAAGGGGACUUCCAGUGGUCUGACGGGAGCCCUCUGCUGUACGAGAACUGGCAUGACGGGCAGCCUGACAGCCACUUUCUCUACGGAGAGAACUGUGUCGGCCUGUCCGGGCAAAAGGAUGGGAAGUGGAGUGACCUGCCCUGUGGCUACCAUCUGCCCUUCACCUGCAAGAUGGGGCUGAUCUCUUGCAGCUCCCCCCCCAAAGUGGCCGAUGCGCAGAUAUUUGGCAGACCAAAGCAGCGUUACGAAGUCAACUCCGUCCUCCGGUACUGGUGCCCCGAAGGCUUCGUUCAGCACCGCUGGCCUCUCAUUCGCUGCCAGGAGAACGGCCAGUGGCAGCGGCCGCAAUUUGCCUGCAGCCCCCCAGAGUCCUAGAGGCCAGCAGCCUCUGCCCGAGGGCCCUGGGAACUUUGGACAGCUGGGGGCAUCUCUGGGGGCGGGGGGGGGGGAUGGAGC